UCUGCUAGAGAGAGAGAGAGAGAGAGAGAGAGAGAGACAUGGUGGCGUGUCUGCACUUUCUCUCUCCUUUACCCCUCCGAAACCCUAAUUGCACCUCCCCAAGUCCCUCCGCCCUCGUCGUCGUCGGAACCACCGCCGGCCUCGCCCCCCUCCGCCUCUCCAGGCCAGUCGGCCCGUCCAUUUCGAUACCCGCGCGCCCCAACCCCGCGCAUUUCGCCGCCGGAGCUCGGACCCGCCGCCUCAAUUGCAAGGAGGCGCUCAAGGGCUCAGGCGAAGAGACCGAGCCGCCGCCGACGGCGCUCGACGCUUCCGGCGGGGACGGCGGAGGGGGCGGCGGCGGGGAUGACGGGGAAGUGGAGAAGCAGGGUGGGAUUCUUCCGGAUUGGUUGAAUGUCACGUCCGAUGAUGCGAAGACGGUCUUCGCGGCUCUCGCGAUCUCGCUGGCGUUCAGGUCGGUCGUGGCGGAGCCUAGGUACAUCCCCUCGCUGUCCAUGUAUCCUACUUUCGAUGUUGGUGAUCGGAUUGUUGCGGAGAAGGUUUCAUACUACUUUAGAAAGCCAUGUGCCAAUGACAUAGUGAUUUUCAAAAGUCCUCCGGUUCUUCAGGAAGUAGGAUAUACUGAUGAUGAUGUUUUCAUCAAAAGAGUGGUUGCAAAGGCAGGUGAUGUUGUCGAGGUUCGUGCGGGAAAACUUUUUGUUAAUGGAGUUGAGAGAAACGAGGGUUUCAUUCUUGAACCACCUUCAUACAACAUGACACCUAUUCGUGUACCAGAGAACUCAGUGUUUGUGAUGGGAGAUAAUCGUAACAACAGUUAUGAUUCGCAUGUAUGGGGGCCACUUCCGGCAAAGAAUAUAAUAGGAAGAUCAAUAUUUCGCUACUGGCCACCCAAUAGAAUUGGUGGAACAGUUCUUGAAACAGGCUGUGCUGUAGACAAGCAACAGACCAUUUCACCAUCUGAACAGUAAGGUUCAGCCUGAGGCUUCCACUCAACGAGGAAAGAGUGGCAUUUUUUCAGUAUAUGAUUCUAUAGGGUGAAGUAACUCUCAUUGCUUUUCUUGUCCAUGCCUCUUGUAUUUAUUUAUUGGUAGGGCUUAAACUGAUGAAAAUUGAUGUUACAAUGAGAAAUGGAAGCGUUAGAUCA